UUACGUCGUUGUGAACAUCUCAUUUCUGUCCAUAGAGAGGAAACGAGAGAGGGAUGGCGGGAGCCGCGACAGCGCUCUUGCAGAGCGAAAACCCUGCCUCGUACGGUACAACCAUCUCCAUAGAAGCGCAGUGGGAUGUCGAGUACUCUCGAUUUUUCAACUACCCUCGCUUCCUGUCCUCCCAUUCUCCCUCCCUCAAACCCCUUCCCAAAUGCAAGACCCGUUCCACUGGCACCUGGAUCUCCUCCUCUUCCAUGGCAUCCGUCCAUCUCCUGUCCCCAUCGGCGAUCCUCGCCGUCUCUAUCAGAGGGAAGAUCCACGAAGAGCACUUUGUCUCCAAUCUCCAUUUCUCCUGGCCACAGGUGUCAUGUGCCACUAAUUGUCCUACCAGGGGGAGCAGAGUUGUUUUGACAAGCUUCAGAGAUAGCCAUUCCCAGAUCCAGAAGUUCGCUCUCAGGUUUUCAACAAGUGGCAAUGCACAAUCAUUCUUAGAUGCUGUGAAGGAAAGUGUGAAAGACAUGUUUGACAUUGAAUUUCCAAGACGAGGUUUUGGAUGUGAGAGUUCCUCCCAAUCUGAAUAUAUUGCUUCAAAUGCUAUUCAUCCCAGAACUGAUGAGGAGUCGAGCUUUGUAAAACCUGAUGUUAGUUAUCAUACCGAGAUGCCUGUUUCGAGAGUUGAUAGUGAGCAGCUUGAGUGUUCUCAGCAGCCAUUACUUGACAACAACUUCGGAACUGUUUUCUCAGCUUUGCCUCCUAGCUUCACUGAACUAUUGACUGGCUGUUUGACUGAACAUAAGAACAAUGAGCCACCAAAGGUGCCUGAAGAAAUUGAUAUGAUGUCCCAAGUCACGAGAUGCAUAUCGGAUUCUUCUUUUCAUGAUUUUAUGACUAGAGUAGAUAUGGUCAUUGAUGAACUGGGAGGUGAUAUGACAAUCUAAUCGUCUCCAAAUCACACACAGGUUAGCAUGCUUCAUACUUGUACAGUUUUUUUUUUUUUUUGGUUUUUGUUUUUGUUUUCAGUAUGGAAACUGAAAGCUGUACAUGGUGGACUGUUAAGUUGUACAGUGGAGAAUAUACAGCCAUUUUAGACUGCCGAAAUUUCAGUGUCCAUAACCUCUUGGAAAACUACUGUUUUGUACACUAUGAUUUCCUUUCAAGUUGAUGUUAUGCGUUGUGAAACUAAUUACUCCUGUUAACUAUUAAAUUACUGUAGCUUGGGUUAUCUCUUUCAUAAAGCCUACUA